UACUUGUUAUACAUAUCUUUACAAACAGUAAGUUAAUUUAGUUCCAUUUAAAAAGUUGCAGAUAGAGAGAUAGGAGAGAGAGAGCGAGAGAGAGAGAGAGAGAGAGAUGGAGAGUGGUGGAGAUGGAGGUGGUACUUCAUCAUGUUUGAUGAGUUUUGGAGACACCACCAACAACAUAAAUAAUAACAGUAGUAAUAAUAAUAACAGUAAUAACAACAUUGGAUCACUGUGUCUUCCUCCAAACCCACCUGGUGCAUAUAACACCACCACCAACAACAAUAACCUAAUUUUCUCUGAUCAUCAUCCUUCUGCUAUGAUGCUUGAAGACAACAACAUUAAUAUCAAUGAUGGUGUAGGGUUAGCCUUCAUGAACCCCUCUUCUUCUGUUAAAGCAAAGAUCAUGUCUCAUCCUCAUUACCCUCGUCUUUUAUCAGCUUAUCUCAACUGCCAAAAGAUAGGAGCACCACCUGAAGUAGUUGAAAGACUAGAGGAAGCUUGCAGGGCCUCGGUGGUGGCUGCAAUGUCCAGUCGCUCCGGUGGAGCUGGUACUAGCGAUGGUAGUGGUGGUGGAAUGAAUAUGAUCAUUGGACAAGAUCCAGCACUUGAUCAGUUCAUGGAAGCUUACUGUGAGAUGCUGAUAAAAUAUGAACAAGAACUCUCAAAACCCUUUAAAGAAGCCAUGCUUUUUCUCUCAAGAAUUGAGUCCCAGUUCAAAGCUAUCUCUAUUUCCACUUCAGAUUCUGCUGGUGGUGAAGGAGGCAUGGACAAAAAUGGAUCAUCCGAAGAAGAGGUGGAUGUAAAUAACAAUCUCAUUGAUCCUCAAGCUGAAGACCGAGAGUUGAAGGGUCAGCUGUUGCGCAAGUAUAGCGGUUAUUUAGGUAGUCUCAAGCAAGAGUUCAUGAAAAAGAGAAAGAAAGGGAAGUUACCAAAAGAAGCUCGUCAACAAUUGCUCGACUGGUGGACCAGGCAUUACAAAUGGCCAUACCCUUCGGAGGCUCAGAAGCUGGCACUUGCCGAGUCGACAGGACUUGACCAGAAACAGAUAAACAACUGGUUCAUAAACCAAAGGAAGCGGCACUGGAAGCCGUCCGAAGACAUGCAAUUUGUGGUAAUGGAUGCUGCUCAUCCUCACUAUUUCAUGGAGAACAUGAACAUCCUUGGUAAUCCUUAUCCCAUGGAUGUUUCACUUCUCUAGUGCUAAAUUAUAUAAAACCUCCAGUGUGUGUCAACAAAUGAUUGGUCUGGGUUUGAACUUGAUUGAAACUAUUGAGGGUUUUUACAAGUUUGUCAGCUGUUAAGGAUUUAAUGUUUCCAAUUUGUCCGUAGAACUUAAAUUAUUCUAGACUUUGUUUUGUAAGCCAUGUACGUACUGCCAUUGGUAAUAUAUUUCAUGUUUAGCUUCCGUAUUUUAA